UAGACUUUGGAAGACCACGUCGUCCAGUUAUAUCAAUCUGCAGAAAGAAGUCUGGUUCCCACGCCACAACAGCCUGAGAACUCGUCUUUGCUGUUUAUUACCUCAGCCAGCGGGUGAAGCCAUGGCAACAUUGCGCUUUGGGCAGCACAUAAUAAAGGCAUCGGCAGUGUUUCUGCAAACGGACCUGUCCUUCGCUCUGGUUAACCGGAAGCCUGUAGUGCCUGGCCAUGUGUUAGUGUGUCCCGUAAGGCCGGUGGAGCGUUUCCGUGACCUGAGAGCUGAUGAACUGGCGGAUUUGUUCAGCACCACGCAGAGAGUGGCCAACGCUGUAGAGAAACACUUCAGUGCCUCCUCCUUGACCAUCGCUAUCCAGGACGGACCUGAGGCCGGACAAACGGUGAAGCAUGUGCACGUCCAUGUGCUGCCGAGGAAGCCUGGAGACUUUGAGAGGAACGACAGCAUCUACAAUGAGCUCCAGAAACAUGAUCGUGAAAGUGAAGACAUUGCAUCCAAAUGGAGAUCGGAGGAGGAGAUGGCGAAAGAGGCGACAGAGCUAAGAGGCCUCUUCAGUUAGUUUAUUUUGUUAAAAACAUCUAUAUAAUCUAAAAACUGUCCAAUUAGUAUCUCUUAGAAAAGUAGUUACAUAUUCUCGAGAAGUGUGUUCAUGUGACCUCUACAGAUGUGAAGGAAAAUUGCUCAUUAUUCGUUUUUGCAAUUGUUUGACUUUAAUUAAUGAUAUAGG